CACGUGGGCCCCGGGAGAGUAGAACGCGCUACAGUGGUGGCGGGAGCAGCAGCUGGGAGCCCUUGAGGAACCAGACCUGAGCGUGCAGCCGACGCCCCAGGAGCCCACAGUGCCCAGCAGCCUGCCUCCGCGUUGCCCCUAUCCGCCAUGCAGCCCCAAUCAGUUCUGCACAGCGGCUACUUCCACCCGCUGCUUCGCACCUGGCAGGCAGCCGCCACACCCCUCAGUGCCUCCAAUCUCAUCUACCCCAUCUUUGUCACGGAUGUUCCUGAUGAUGUACAGCCCAUCGACAGCCUCCCAGGAGUGGCCAGGUAUGGGGUGAACCGGCUGGAAGAGAUGCUGAAGCCCCUGGUGGAAGAGGGCCUGCGCUGCGUCCUGGUCUUUGGAGUCCCCAGCAGGGUCCCCAAGGAUGAGCGGGGUUCUGCAGCCGACUCUGAGGACUCCCCGGCUAUCGAAGCCAUCCGCCUGUUGCGCAAGACCUUCCCCAGCCUCCUGGUGGCCUGCGAUGUCUGCUUGUGCCCCUACACCUCUCAUGGCCACUGUGGGCUGCUGAGCAAGAAUGGGGCAUUCCAGGCAGAGGAGAGCCGCCAGCGGCUGGCAGAAGUGGCACUGGCCUACGCCAAGGCAGGAUGUCAGGUGGUCGCCCCGUCGGACAUGAUGGAUGGACGCGUGGAAGCCAUCAAGGAGGCCCUGAUGGCGCAUGGACUUGGCAACAGGGUAUCAGUAAUGAGCUAUAGUGCCAAAUUUGCAUCCUGUUUCUACGGACCUUUCCGGGACGCGGCUCAGUCCAGCCCAGCUUUUGGAGACCGCCGCUGCUACCAGCUGCCACCGGGAGCACGAGGCCUGGCCCUCCGAGCAGUGGCCCGGGACGUACGGGAAGGAGCCGACAUGCUCAUGGUGAAGCCCGGAAUGCCCUACCUGGACAUCGUGCGGGAGGUGAAGGACAAGCACCCUGAGCUCCCUCUUGCCGUGUACCACGUUUCCGGAGAGUUCGCCAUGCUGUGGCACGGAGCCCGGGCCGGGGCGUUUGAUCUCAAGGCUGCUGUUCUGGAGGCCAUGACCGCCUUCCGCCGCGCAGGUGCCGACAUCAUCAUCACCUACUACACGCCUCAGCUGUUGCAGUGGCUGAAGGAGGAGUGAUGGCGGCCGUGCACAAGACCAAUAGCUAGAACUGUUCAAAGGUCCCGGGGCAUUGGAGAUGUGAAAACCAAAGUAAAUGCUGCUUUAGAACUGCCCUCACACCCUCUUCCUACUCCCGUGCUGACCAGCACCCAGCAGCCCUGGGGGCUUUCUGCCAGCCUGCGCCCUCUCACCACACGAGCCUUCUGGGCUCUCCCAGCCUUCCCCAUCCCUCCCCUGGCUCAGCCCUGAGGCUCACCUCCACUACCCCAGCUCCUCCUUUUGGUGUGGCCUCAGCUUGAAAGCCACCAGGAGGUAAGGGCUCAGACUUGGUGGGGCCUCACAGAGGGGCUUGGAGCAUUAGGGUAGAGGAGAGCAAGUGGCGUCUUGUAUCAUAAAAAGCUCCAGAAACCCCGAGGCCUCUGGCACCAGAGCUGGGCACCGGGACAGAGGCCUAGAAUGACAUCUCCAGGUUUAGAGUUUAGAUGUGCCUUGAUUACACUGGAAGGUGAUUCCCACACAGGCCCAUGUUGGCAGGCUGCCUGAGCUCUCCUGUUCUGUUCUCAGCCAUAGACCCAAAGAAGAGUUACUUGUUAAUGAGCAGAAACGUUGCCUGAGGAUCAAAAUUGAGAAGCAAGUAGAGAGUUCCUGACUGUUGGAGAACUAGAAGCCAGAAAGGCUUUUCUCUUGAAGAGAAUUUUUGAGAACAUCUGCUCGGUGCCUCGACACAGUGCUGGGUACUGGGAUAUAGCAGGAUGGAUCUCAGCCUGUCUGUCUGUGUGGAAUCACUGCAGGGAGAACAGGGAGACAGAUGACAAUAAAACAAAGCAAUUACAAAUUGUAAUUUGUGCUUUGAGGGAAAGAAAGGGGCUUGACAGAAUAACCAACCAAGGGUGUCUCUUGAGAGGAUGGUCCAGAAGCCCUCUCUGAGGUUGAGGGACGAGAAAGGAUCCUUCCAGAAAGCAGAGGGAAAGGCAGAAGAAGCCACAAGAAUGACACAAACUGUGCAAAGGUCCUGUGGUGGGAGGAGCUUGGCAGAGCUUCUGGAAGCAGGGUGAGGAAGCAGAGGGGGGUUGAUAGGACUGGAGGUUGGAAGGGUAGGCUCUGCAGGCCUACCUGUAGGAAGCUUGGUCUUGGCAUUAGGUAGAAAACGAUCUGCAGGAUUCUUAACUAGAAGUUAUGUGUGUUCCACUUUUUCACGCUCUGCUGCUGUGCGAAAAGGGAAGGGUAAGCAAGAAAGAGACUGGUUGGGAGGCUCUUGGAGACCCCACAGAGCAUCAACAGUGGCCUGGACUGGGGUGGCAGUGGGGAGAGGAGGAAGUAGAUGUAUUCAGGAUAUGUUCUGGAGCCAGAAUGAGCAAGUUUUGCCCGAACUGUUAAGUCCAGGGAACAGGAAGAAACAAGGAUGGCCUCAUGGGUUUCUGGCUUGAGCCCCUGGAUGAGUGCUUUCUUCCAAGACUCACAUCAUGUCUCCCGUAGUAAAAGUUAAGGCCCUACCUAAAGGGCCCACCUGCAGAGUGACAAAUCCCAAAUCUAGGGCCAAAGCAAGCUCAAGUCCGACCUUAAGCAGUACAAUCCAUUUUAAAAUGUAGAGUUCUUAACCCCCAGCAGAGCUCUAGUGAGACCAGUCCCCUCUGACUCCCUGUUGUCUUCCUCGGAGCUGCAGCUAACUGGGGACCUGGUCUCACCCUGUCCUCAGCAUUUGGGGAGGUAGCCAGUCAAAAUCAGGGCUUGAAGAGGCAUAAAGCUUCACCUUCCAAGGAGCCUGAGCCUGGAACUCCCACCAGGAGGCCCAACACUAAUUGGAGAUGAGCCACUGAUGGGCCUCAGGGCUCUGACCAGACCAGAAUGUUUGGUCAUUUUAGCUUAGCUUCUUGUCUCCUGGCCCUUCGGUCCCCUGGUUCCUGAGCUCAUUUUUGGUUAGUGUGGAAGGGAAGAUUCUUCAGGGCCAUCCCAGACUCAUCAUUGCCAAGGUAAUGUGCAGCCUGGUUCUUGUAGGCAUAAAGAGGAGACAGACCUUGCUCUUUAGGUAUAAACCCCAUGGGAGGCAGACAGCUGCAUGUGACCAGACCCCCAGAAGUAAACGUUAAGUGGACUGAGGAGGAGUCUCCCUGAGGAGAACCAGGAGGCAGAUUGUGUCACCAGUGACGGGAUGACAGGUGCUAUGAAGGAGGUAACCAGGACCUGACUGGGUUUGAAGGAUCAGAAAAUGCUUCCCUGAGAGGCUGUCAUUUAAGCCUUGACCUGAGGGAUGAGCAGCCAAGCUAAGAGCAUUCCCGGCAGAGGGAACUCUCUAGAAUGAGCUGGAAGAACACAAAGCAGAUGUGCCUGCAGCAGAGUGAAGGAUGAAGGAAGAGAUGGCCUGAACUGGAAAGAGAGACCAGGCCCAAACCAGGCAGGGCUCAAAAGCCAUGUUUAUGGAAGAUGGGGAGCCUUUCCAGAUUUUAUUCCAAGAGAAAAGCCAUUUGAAGGAUUUUAAGCAGUGGAACAACUCACUUUGAUUUUGUGUUUUAUGAAAACAUUUGACAGCACUGGCGAAGUGCAGAUGGGAAAAUGUGUAACCUGGACUAGAGUGGUGACUUUCGGGUGGGAGGAGGUAGAUUAGAUGGGAAGGAUGAACUUGACUUGAGUCCUGGUGGCUGGUAGGACAUAUACUAAGAUGGGAAAGCUUGGAAGAGGGUAGAGUGGGAGUCCUAAAUUUAGCCUGGGUCUGCAAUGAGGGAGCUGUAUCUAGAGAGCUUAUGACUCACCUAAGGCCCCUCAACUAGUUUAUGGCAGAAUUGGGUCCAGAACCCUGUCACUGAGCCAUCAGAGCUAAGAUUUGAACCCACAUAGUUCAACUUCAACUCUACACUUAACCACUGUGCCAUACCAUCUCCCAAUAAACGGUUGCCAAAUUAGGGACCUAAUAUGAUGCUGUUAUAAUGGGGUAUACCAAGGGCUGAAAUGCCUCAGGCAUCAUGGUCUGUGUGACGUGGCGUCCUCUGGAGUCCGGAUUUGUCACUGGCAAUGCCAGUCAGUGUUCCAGCCCCCUGUUUUGUGUACAGAGACAAUGGCCAGGCAGGCAAGCUGGAAGGGUGUGGGCUGUCCUGGGGGAUCUAGUUCCUCCUCAGUCCCUGUCUCCUGCUGCGUGCCCUCUUCUCACUAGUGGUAAUUUUAUGCUUGUGCAGAGAGAACAGAGCUUCCGCAGUUGGCAAGGCAUGUUCUCAGAAUUCCAAGCAUCACAGACAACUGGGGAGCAUUCAGGGCCUCUCAGUGAGACUUGACUAGUUCCCUGUGAUGUGCCUGCUUAGACAGUAGCUUGUCUGUGUCUCAUAGGACCUUCCUGGAGGCCACAACAAAUAGCCAUUACGUUCCACCGACCUUACUUUUUUACUAUGACCCCUAAAACUAUAGCCUCGGUGGGCAUACAGCUGAGGGUCUCAGCAAACAGGCAUUUUAACCACCACUUUACUACCAAUUUCCCAACUAGGAAAGGAGGAAUCCUGACCUGCCCCAUACCCCACAUGGACUCUGCCGGUUCCAUGAAUUAGGGCCUGUGAGUGGCCAUACCCCAUAUUCUGUCAUUCCACGUAUUUUGCAAGUUGCAGAAAUCCAAUUCAGUAGCAAAAAAAGGAAAUGAUUGUCUUUAUAACUGGACUUCAGCAAGGUCAGGUGUGGUGGGGUCUAGGGCUAUAGGCUGUCAUGGAGGCUGGUCCCUUCUUAGUUCUUACAUGUUUGUCUCAGCUUGGCUUUAUUCUAAGAUGGGCUUUUACCACUUGACAGCCACAUGAUCUUUAUGACUUAGAAUCCCAAAGAAAGAUCAUUUCCUGUCUUCAUGACAAAUGUCUGGAGGUCUCUGACUGGCCCUGCUCAGGUCACAUGACCAGCCUCUUCAGUCACUGUUAAUCCUUGGCCUGUGAGAUACGGCACCAUAACUGACCAGGUCUGCCUCAUUACCUCAUUACACAGAAGUCUGGUGGAGUCUCCAAGCUUUGCAGAUCCCCUUUUCCUGGAGUGCCUUUCCCCCAAAUCUGUGUGGCAGUCUCGUUUUUAUUGCUAAGAUUGUGGCUUCCUCAUUGUUUUCUCAAAAACCCUACCUGGUCAAUUUAAAGUGAUUCCCCAGUUACUCUGUGUUAGUCAGGAUUCAAAUUCAGUAAGUCGUAACAAGCGAAAAUAAUGAUAGUUAAGAGGGAAAUGUUUCUCUCCAAGCAGUCCAGACCGUGUCAGCUACAUGGUGUGCUGGUCCUGGUCCUGCCUUGUUCUGUCCUCCUCAACACAUCUUGGCUUCCAUCUUGUGGUCAAAGAUGGCAAGUCCAGUUCCCACCAUUAGCUCCUCUCUUCAGUCAGCAGAAAGAGGAGAUUGGCAAGUGGAGGGUAUGAUGCUUCUUUGUAAGGUCACAACCCGAAAGUUGCACAUAACACUUCUGUCCAUAUGCUCUUGUCUGACCUUAGUCACAUGGCCACACCUAGUUGUAUAAGGAGUGUUGGGAGCUAGAGUCUAGGGGGGCAGCCAUGGGCUCAGCUAAACUCAGGGGUUCAGUUACGAAGGGAAAAGGGUAGGAUGGAGAUAAGGCCAAACGGCUUCCCCACCACAUGAAGUUUUGUAACCUCUACAGAAACAAUGGUCAGAACAUCAAAGAGGUCUUCAGAGAUGUCUAGUCCAACACUCAACACUCAUUGUAAAGAUGGGAGACAGACCCAGAAAGGGAACUUGUUCAAAUUCACACAAGCCAAUGACAAACCAAGUCUGGAAUUCAGGUCUCCAAACUCCAUGCCCAGUGCUCAAACCCGGGGAAGGGAUCAGUUUUAAGGGGACUUCAGCUUUUCAUGUGUUAUCUUAGCUUCAGAUGCAUUUUUAUAAUCAUAUAUCUAACAAGGAUGUAUUCAUGCGAUUUGUGUCAAUAAAAAUAAAUGAAA